CAGCCGCACCAUCUACGUACGAUACGAUGGCCGCGACAGUCGAUGGCCCCGAUACACCUCGCGGUUGUGGUUACCUUAAUUUAUUGACAAAAAUGUAACGCCUCUAUUUUUAAUUGGCCAUGCUACCGCCGCGCACGGCAUGACAAUCGCCCCGACCGCGUUCAUGUUAUUCCCGUUUCUAUAAAUACUUGCGCGCGUGCUCCUCACUCACGGAUCUCCGGGUCUCUUUGACAUCGACGCGAAGAUGUCUUCUAAGAGCGAAUUGAAAAAGUUAUCGGAAGAAAGUCUGACGAGACAGCCGGAAGAGGUUUUCGAUGUUAUAUGCAAGCUGGGAGAAGGGUCCUAUGGAUCAGUUUACAAAGCGUUGCACAAGGAAAGCGGACAGGUGCUGGCUAUUAAGCAAGUGCCAGUGGACACCGACCUACAGGAGAUUAUUAAGGAAAUAUCAAUUAUGCAGCAAUGCGACUCUCCAUAUGUUGUUAAAUAUUAUGGAAGUUACUUUAAGAAUACGGAUUUAUGGAUCGUGAUGGAGUACUGUGGAGCUGGUUCUGUUAGUGAUAUCAUGAGGUUAAGAAAGAAGACCCUCCAGGAGGAUGAAAUCGCAACGAUCCUGAGUGAUACCCUAAAGGGACUGGAGUACCUUCACUUGAGAAGGAAAAUUCAUAGGGACAUUAAGGCUGGGAAUAUCCUUCUCAAUAACGAGGGCCAUGCAAAGUUGGCUGAUUUUGGUGUGGCGGGUCAAUUAACGGAUACCAUGGCUAAACGUAACACAGUCAUUGGUACACCAUUCUGGAUGGCGCCAGAGGUAAUACAGGAGAUCGGCUACGAUUGUGUGGCCGACAUAUGGUCUCUGGGAAUAACGGCCCUAGAAAUGGCCGAGGGCAAGCCGCCGUACGGCGACAUACAUCCGAUGAGAGCAAUAUUUAUGAUUCCGACUAAACCACCGCCUAGUUUUAGAGAACCUGACCAGUGGAGUCCAGAGUUUAUCGACUUUGUCAGUGGGUGCCUUGUAAAAAAUCCCGAAGAGAGAGCCACUGCAACCGAGCUUUUGCAGCACGAGUUCAUAGGUAAUGCCAAACAGCCGAGUAUUUUGAGUCAAAUGAUCGCCGAAGCUCAUGAAAUACGAGAGAAGCAGAGCGCGCAUAGAGCUCACGUUAUAAACAACGUGGCGAUUAAAAGUCAAAAUCAGGCAGAAGAUUCGGACGAGGACGAUUGUAGCGGAACUAUGAAACCAUUACCGGAGGACAGCAGGACUCUAGUGCCGAGUGAUCUUCCAGACACGGGUACUUUAGUUUCGGCAAUAUUGGACUUGGGUACAAUGGUUAUUAAUAGUGAUACCGAUACCGAAGCCACCAUGAAGAGACAUAACACUGGUUCUGUAGAAUCUAGCAAAAAAUAUCGACCAUUAUUCUUAGAUCACUUUGAUAAGAAAGAAGCGCCUGAAAUCGGAAAGGGUAAUGGACAGAUGUUGGGAGCACACAAUAUGGAAAAUGCGAACAAAUUGGAGCAGCAGAGUCCAACCGAAUCUCAUAGGUUUCAAAGUCAUUUGCAACUACAGCUGCAGAAUCAGAUCUCUCAUCACGUGCCAGAACAGCCAUAUAACAAUAUAUCGAAGUUUCAAAACGUCUUCACGGAACGUGAUUUUGAUUUUAGAAGCCGUAUCCUGCAGUUGAAGUUUCUCUCCUACGAGGAACUGCAGCAACGAAUGGCCAGUCUGGACGCGGAAAUGGAGCGGGAGAUCGACGAGCUGAGAAAGAGGUAUCAGACGAAGAGACAGCCUAUUCUGGAUGCCAUGGAUACCAAGCGGAAGCGUCAACAGAACUUCUAACAGUCCUCCUUUACGCGAAUAAGUGACGACGGAUAGACAAAGGGUGUACAAUUGUAUAAAUGAAUAGAUUUUAUUCGCGUCGUCCCCGGUUUCAUCAAAGGGAAGAACAUUGCUCUCCCACAUCGUGAAUUGUAUUACCUCAUAAACGGACAAACGUGUAGCGACUGUGAAUGUUUCCUGUUUACUCGCAAAUCCACACAAUGUCGCUUCUCUUUGUGAAUCCCGGGACCAUUACAGCUAGCAAUAGCUAAUAGCCUCACGUCAUCAAUGUAAAUUAUUUUACGUGAUUUUAGGUGAAGAAACAAUCACUAUACUUAAUUUUUGUAUUAUGUUUACCUAUAUAUUUACUGUUAAAUAUAUCCUAUUCUUAUAGAGAUAUUCUGAGAGACUCCUCUAGGGUCGUUAGAAAAUAAAAAGGAAUGCAAUAGGAGUGUAGGAACAAAUGCAUUCACGAUUACGAUCGUUUUUAUCGAGAAAUUUUUUAUAUUUACUUGGAAGGAAAUCGGUAUUUCGUAUCGUCGCUACGCUAGUCAUUUGUAAUGCCAUUUUAUCCAGGAUAUAAAAAAAAAAUCAUUCAUAUGAAAUGCACUUAAACAGCUAAGCAGUUCUUGAGUGUGAAUGCUCUUCUAUUUAAUCAUGACAGUUUUGAAAUAAGCGAACAAGGCUGUAAGAUUUAAUUUACUUUUUAUUCUACUGCCAUAGGUAGACUCUCUCUACUCAUUCGUCUACUAACACUAACAACUAACUUUAGUUUAUGUCAAUUCUCUAAAAUAAUUAUAUUUACUUUUCAAGUUUGCAAAACAUGUCCAACACCAAUAUGAUGAUCGCAAUUCUAAAGUAAUGAAUAGUGUUUUUAAGAGUAUGCAGCAUCGUGAUUAAAAAAAAAAAAUGAUGCCGCAUUCUAAUGAGAAAAUUCACGAACGAACUUACUAGUAUUAGAGUCUUCCGCGCGCCGUAUUAGAAAGUAUUCUCCAGUAUGUUCUAAUUUACUUUGUCACGAUGUGGAAAUUGUUGAAACUGAAAUUUAUCAGAUUCCAUCAUAACGACAAGGGUAUUUUUAGAAUGAUAUAAAGGUUCGCAUGGUAAUGCCUUACAAUAAUCAUUUUAUGUAUAAAGCAUAAAACAAAUUCUCGACCGCAUAUUUUUUUGUGAAAAAGAAAUACAUUUGUACGUGCCAUUAAUACUAAUAUGGCGAAUAAUCGUAGUGGAAGAAAUAAUUCCUUGCUGACGUCUGGGCUAUUUUGCAAGUAGUGGAAAAUAGAGCUAUACUUGAAAUGCGCUAUAGCCAGAACUGAUCUUCAAUUUUCUUCUUUUUAGAAAAUAAUAAUAACAGAAUAACAACAUAUUUUUGAUAUAGAAGGUUGCACAUUGUCAAUGAAAUAAGGGUCCGAAUUUGAAGCGUAUAUUAUCCAUAAUCUUGAUACUCUCGCAGAAGUGUAAUAUUAAGUAAGGUUUUUCAACUGAAAAGGAAAUUAAAGUGCUUCACAACAGAGUUAUGCUUCAAUAUCGUUUUAUAUAUACGAAACGCAAUAAUAAACUGUACAUAAUUCUUUUAGAGAUUUUUUAAAAAUAAUUUACAUGGUCGUUCGAUCAUUUUCAUACAUGCGUUAAAAUUGUGAUGACUUUAUUGUAUUUUCUCAUUUUACAGUUCGUACAAUACAUCGGCACUUGAGGAUAGUUGUAAAUUGCAUUCUUAUAUAAAACUAUAGGUUUACAAACUUUAUAUUUUUGCAGCUUAUGCUGCUGUAAAAUCUUCCUUCUUAAACUUAUGACCUGUAUCCAUUAAUUAAUGUUCUGCGCUAUCCGUUUUAGGAUUAAAGAAAAAAAGUAAAACGACAAAAAUGUUUACACAAUAAUGUUACAAAGAAGUACAUUUAAUGCAUUUUCUACACGAUUGUCAGUCAGUCAUUUAGCAUUAGCUAGCAAUCACUUUUUCAUAUACGAAGAUUUAUAGUUACAUAUUUCAUAAGGCAACGUAAUAGUCCAUUUUUAUUUUUCCAUUUGGAGAUAUGGCUUUAUAUCCAAUCAUGACAGUUUUACGACAACACCAUGAUUUUACAUUCGUAUUGUGUAUUGUACAAUCUUUUACAGUGUUUGGGCUGAAAUAUAGAGACUGAAGGC